CUGCAAUGCAAGUGUACGUAGAAGCUAUAUAAGCAGUGACCACCCCCAUACUGGCCUCCCACAACCACUAGUCCAUCCAACAAUCCACCUGGCUCUAGCAGCCCAACAGCACAAGGACAUCCAUCCAUUCCAUUCCAUGGCGUCGAUGGCGGCGAUGGUCACCAUGGGCGUCGCUGCUCUCUUCCUCUCGGCGGCUGCCUCCAGCGCCAUGGCUGCUGGGCUGCAGAUGGACUUCUACAGCAGCACGUGCCCGCGCGUGGAGGAGAUCGUCAAGGACGAGAUGGUGGAGAUCCUCAGGGCGGCGCCGACGCUCGCCGGGCCGCUGCUCCGCCUCCACUUCCACGACUGCUUCGUCAGGGGUUGCGACGGUUCCGUCCUGCUGGACUCGACGCCGGCCAACACGGCGGAGAAGGACGCGACGCCCAACCUGACCCUCCGCGGCUUCGGCUCCGUGCAGCGUGUCAAGGACCGUCUCGAGCAGGCGUGCCCCGGCACCGUCUCCUGCGCCGACAUCCUCGCCCUCAUGGCCCGCGACGCCGUCGUCCUUGCCAGGGGCCCCUCCUGGCCCGUCGCCCUCGGCCGCCGCGACGGCCGCGUCUCCAUCGCCAACGAGACCAACCAGCUCCCCCCGCCCACCGCCAACUUCACCCGCCUCGUCCAGAUGUUCGCCGCCAAGGGCCUCGGCGUCAAGGACCUCGUCGUCCUCUCCGGCGGCCACACCCUCGGCACCGCCCACUGCAACCUCUUCAGCGACCGCCUCUACAACUUCACCGGCGCCAACAACCUCGCGGACGUCGACCCCGCCCUCGACGCCACGUACCUCGCCCGCCUCCGCUCCAGGUGCCAGAGCCUCGCCGACAACACCACCCUCAACGAGAUGGACCCCGGCAGCUUCCUCAGCUUCGACGCCAGCUACUACCGCCUCGUCGCCAAGCGCCGGGGGCUCUUCCACUCCGACGCCGCGCUGCUCAGCGACCCCGCCACCAGGGCGUACGUCCAGCGCCAGGCCACCGGACUCUUCGCGGACGAGUUCUUCCGUGACUUCGCCGACUCCAUGGUCAAGAUGUCCACCGUCGACGUGCUCACCGGAGCGCAGGGAGAGAUCAGGAAGAAAUGCUACCUCGUCAACUAACUGAUCAUCCAUCCAUAAUCUGAUGCUUUUGCUGCUGAUGCUUUCGUUUCAUCUGCAUUCGGUUGAUCAUUCAAUUAUAUUAUUCGUUGAUUACCCUGCUGCACGUGUGAAGUUCCAAGUUCUUUUGCUUGACUACUACUCCAUCCGGCCUUCACAUGCAUACACUGCCUACAUAUGUAAUGGAUGUACGUAACUGAUGUAUACGUAGACUGAGUGCAUUUCAGUUUCUUGGAUUUUUUUCCUUCCUUUUGUGGAUCAAAUCCAUGGUGAUGAUGAUGUAAUAUAAUAACGAAAGUCAAGAUAUAUAAUAAACACAAUAUAUGAUAUAUUCACAA